AUGCUAGAAUUGGAAUAUGAGGGCGAUGAGGAGACGGUCGAUGUCCAGCCACGGCCGGGUUAUCUCGACAAGGGAGAUGUCUUUAGGACCUUGGGACUACCGAAUGACUUUGUCAUUGGGCUCGAUACUAUGGCAAUGACCACCAGCAAGAGCCUCCAGGGGUUCCGUGACAUUCCAUCGGGUGUCCAUUUUCUCUGGGUUCAGCACCCCGGCAGCUUCUCUCGGUGUGGCUAUUGGUUCAUCACCAAAGACCAAGGGCAAAUACGCACCAAGGAGUGGAAUAGACAGGGCGAGACAAUGGGAGAGCCCAGGGGCCAGCCAGGACCAUUCAAUGAGAGGAGCCGAAUGGACUCUAUCUACCCAACGCUACAGCCAUAUACGCUCCAUGGCCAAGGACACCAAGCACCAGGGCCCAAAGACGGCGCACUCCCCGACUGGGCGCGAUCUCCUAGCCGCCUCUGGGGCAUCUUGACCAGCGCCAUAUCAAUCCACUCUCUCAGCAGGAUCACCGGCAAACAAAACAUCCAGGAGUAUCUCACCGAUUCCAUGGACUCUACCAAAGGCACCUCCCCCAACACCAACAACGAGCUGAACUUCCUCUUCGCCCAAGACUUCCGCGACCUCCAAGUCCUCGACCAGGGCUCCGCCAAAGCCCGCGUCGCCGACACCUCCUCCCGCAUCCAAGCCUUCCUAACCCGCAACACCAACACCAACACCAACCCCAACACCGACCCCAACCUAACCACCCCCGAACAAGCCCUCCUCGCCGAGCUGCAGUUCACCUUCCUCACCGGCACGCACCUCAGCAACCCGGCCUGCCUCGAGCAGUGGUGGAGCCUAGUCCUCAAGUUCGUCCUGCGCGCCUACGCCCUCGCCCUGUCCCACCCGCGCCUCGCCAGCCGCCUCCUGCGCACCCUCCACGCCCAGCUCUUCUACACCGAGCACUACUUCGCUCCUGUUACCGCUGCCACCGCCGCCGGUUCUGAGGUGAAUGGGGCGGAUGGCGGAGAUGGUCCUAGUUGUGAGAGGCCGAUUUUUCAGUACAAGCCGCUGUACUGGGGGAAACUCCGUCUGGUGCUGGCGGAGUACAAGGCGCGGUUGGAUGGGCUGCUUGCGGGGUUGGGCGGUCGCGUCACGCCUGAGCAGGAGGCGGUUGGGGGCGUGUUUGGGGAGCUGGAGGCGUGGUUGGGAAGGAAGGGGUGGGAGUUGAGGAGGCGGGAUGAGCCGGAGGGGGAGGGCGGUGGUGGCGGUGGGGACGUGGUGGAUAGUGAGGAGGAGGAGGAUGAGCAGCCGGUUGUGGUGGAAUUGGAUGAGGAGGGGAGGGAGGUGGGGUUGGUUUCGUUUAGGGAUUAG